GAGACGCAUUGUGUGUUAACGUGGGUUUUCUUUUGAGGAAAAAAGUUUAUUUUCAGAUUUCAUCAUUUCAUUCAAGUAUUUCAUUGAGCAAUUAAGUGAUUAUAAUUAGAAACAUGAUUGUAGUUUGAUUUGUUAAACACGUUGGAUUUGUUUGAGGUGAUACACAUCUAAAUAGCAUUGGUGUAUAUCGUUUAGAGGAGAUUAUAUAAUUAUUUAUUUUUAUUUGCGCAUUGAUUUCACAUAUAAUUAAAGUGCUCUUUGGAGAAACUUGUGAUGCUGCAUGGUUCAACAGAUUUUUUUCAACUGAAGUCUAAAGAAAAUACACAGAUUAGGGCUAUGUCUUAUUAAGGGGAAUACAAUUUAGUCAACAAUAUUACAAAACAAGCAAACAUCAACAAAAAGGGGUAAUUCUGCUUUUAUCGUUGGAUGUGCUUUUACCUCUUUAUGCAUCACUUUUCUGUUAACAGAGUUAAGUGUGAUCUGAAGUGUCUGAGUGGACAUGUGGCUACUGGAGAAGCUCCGUAGCUCCGUGGAGAGCAGUGGGAGAAAAACCCAGUCCCCCCAGACAAUAGAGGCCAUCCCUGUCUCUGUUUAUGUCAACGUCCUUACUCCAGAAAAGAUCCCUGAUUUCUUCAUCCCCCCUAAACUUAUUUGCUGCCCUCCAGAAGAGUCUCUAACCCCAAAACCUCAGCAUUUCUCCACACUACGACCCUCUGUUUCUGACCAUGCCAUCUGCAGCCAGAGCCCCAGAGCUCGGAGCAGCAAGAACCCCUGCAGCCCUCGCCUCUUUUCCCGCCUGGGAGGGGACACACGCAAUCUCCAGAAGUCAGCCAACCGUCACAUCAUCCAAAUAGAGAGUGCUGAUGAGCCGGGUGCCGGAUCUGUGAACAGGGACAGUGCCAACACCAAUGCUGACCCCCAGUCACAGACUGCGAUGUCUCUGCCUUAUGUCCCCAAGGCUCAGACCUCAUAUGGCUUUUCCACCCUGGUGGAGUCUCCUCAUACCCGCCGCAAGGAGAGCUUGUUCCACAGCGACCCCGGCAGCCCUCUCACCUCCCCGAACUCCCAGAGACGCUCCCAAGGGGGGACUCUACUGGCUCCAGCUGACCCCAACCCAUACCGCUAUUUCAGCGGCGGAGAGAGCGACACCUGCUCCUCAGCAGAAUCGUCCCCCUUCAACUCCCCUCUGCUGUCCCGCUCUGCCUCCCUCCUACGCUCCAUAACCCAGGAGACACAAGCCAAGGUGUCUCGUGCCAAGCGCUCCCUGGCACGCCACAGUUCUCUCUCCACUGAUGAAUGCAGCUCAGCUGACAACAGCCCCAACAUGCAGCGCCGCCACAUGCGCUGCCCUCCCUCUCCCGCCUUCCGUGGAUGUAAAGGCAGCGGGUUAAGGGGCGCGGCGUCGGACGUCCGACAGCGUGAGCACACCGUCAACCUCCACAAGGGGGGGACACUGAGGCUGAGCACCCACUAUGACCCAGACGCAGCUCGGCUGAGGGUGCGCGUGCUCACGGCCGAGGCCCUUUAUGACAGGCAGACUGACAUCAAAAGCAUCAACUGUUGUGUAGCACUCUACCUGAACCCUGGCAAGCAGCAGAAACAGAGGAGCACCAUCAUCAAGAACAGCAGGAAUCCAGUAUUCAACGAAGACUUUUUUUUUGACGCGCUGGCCCAGACACAAGUAAAGAGUCUGGCCAUGAAAAUAAAGGUAGUGAACAAAGGAACCAGCCUGAGGAGAAACGUGCUUCUAGGAGAAAGGGAGGUGCUGCUAAGUGAGCUGCUGGGAGGCCGCUAGGGAGUCGCUGUCAAGACUUGCUUGGAAACAAGCAGAUCUCUUGAGGGCCCUUUUUAUUCUCUGGCUACCUUUCUCUCCCACUGAACAGAUCUGACAAGUACUGGGCAGGUGAACGCAUGCUGAUGACAAGGGAAUUGUAUCUUGCACACUGUGUUAUGUAAAUCAAUGGGCAAAAAACAAAACGAAGCCUCUGUAGGAUUAAAAGUCCCACUUUAUCAAGUUGCCAUCAAGCCUCAUGCCCAUGUAAAACAAGUGGAAACCAGAAUUAUUAACAUGCUUACCAGUAUAUUAGCAAUGUGAACAGUGGAGUCGUUGUCCUUGUUUGUGUAUUUCUCUUGAAGUAUUGAGUUACAAAAAGUGUUGCCUUCUCUCAUGAGCAUUGUGAUGUGGCUCAGUGAUGCAAUGAUGAUCUUGUUAAGGCUGGAGCUGUAGUUUUUGUAAUAAUGUAGUAAUAUUACAUGUGGGUUUUGCGCGUUCGUGUGGAAACUAAUAAUGCCUCUGUACUUGAAAGAAUUUAUAUUUAAAAAUCAGAUUUGAAUUGCCAGUGGAUGUAAUGUUAAUAUAUGUGACAUGCUUUUUGAACGUAUGAAUAAAAAUACUAAACUCUAA